UCAUUGGCAUCUCGACUUUUGGAGAAAUACAUUCUAUUUUGCUUUAUUUAGUUUGUUUUGGGUUCAUUUUGUUUCUUUAUUCUUACUCGUACUUGCCACUAUUUUCCUUUCUCGGAAGAACCAGCUCCUUCCUCCUCGUCCUAUGAAAGAUUCGCAGGAAUGCAUUUUGGAAGGAGUGAAAUGAAGAAAUGAGCAGUGUCGAAAGGUGUAAGGUUUGCUCCUAUUUUGCUUGUAUUUCCGAACCCCUGCUGUUCUCAAGAUCUUGUCAAGGUACAUCUCAUCCUUGCCCUUCUCUGAAGUCCUUAUCCUACAAAAUGGGAGGCAUGUUCUGCCAUUGUGGUUCGGCUAACAAAUAUAGGAGGUUGGACGCAAAGCUUGAAAGAAAGAUCAUUGAACUCAAGACAAGUUCAUCAGGACAUAACAAGUUCAAAUCAAUCAAUGGCAUAAUAUUGAGGUUCCCUCAGUUCAGAGAGGGAUUGAAAAACAUAAAAGAUGUAUUUGAACAAUGUGAUGAAGAUGCUAAUGGUGUUAUUGACCAUGGAGAACUUAAAAGGUGCUUACAGAAGCUACAAGUCAAUCUCGAAGACAAGGAAGUUGAGGAUCUCUUUAACUCCUGUGACAUUGAUGAGAGUAAAGGGAUACAAUUCAAUGAGUUCAUAGUUCUUCUGUGUCUGAUCUAUCUCUUAGCGGAACCUUCCUCGUCUCCUGACUCUACAUCAAAGAUGGGUUCUCCACAGCUUGAGGCCACGUUUGACACUAUAGUCGAAGCAUUCUUGUUUCUUGAUAAGAAUGGCGAUGGAAAGCUAAACAAGAAAGAUAUGAUUAAGGCCAUGAAUGAAUCAUCUCCUUGGGAGAAAUCUCCCUCACACGUCACUGAGUCUCGAUUCAAAGAAAUGGACUGGGGCAGGAAAGGUAAUGUCAGUUUCAGGGAGUUCCUGUUUUCUUUUGUCGACUGGGUUGGAAUUCAUGCUGAUGAUGAAAUCCCUGUGACUGGAAGUUGAACAAAUGCAGAAGAGGACAAGUGAACUGGUAGUAGUCAAAUAAGAGGUAAGAUCGCUAAAUUUGUGUCUAUAUCUCUAAAGAUCCCUAGCUCACCAUUCAAAGAUGUAACCGUCGUUGAGGUUUAUGCCUUUUACAAGAUUUCUUGAAUUUCUUAUAGUAAAAACCUUUUUACAAUCCUUUGAAUUAAAGUUGGUUAUCAUAAACUUAUUCUGGACUGAUUUGUUUUACUCUUGUAAAAUUUACAUUUGGACAUCUUUGUGAGGAGUUGCUCAUAGCAGAGGAUAUGAUUGGAUUGAUAAAUAUAACAACCACUUUACAUCAUAGUUGCAAAA